AUGGAUAGCAACAGUAGCAAUGGUACAAAAUCAACUGAUCCUGCACGUUUGAAAGAGCGAAAGUACAAUUCGGUUGUGAAUGAGACUAUUCGAGAGAUGGUUUACAUCUCUGUCUUAAAUUACUUAGGCUUUUCUUUUCUCUUUGUAAAACCAAAGAAAUUCAUUAUAAGAAAGACUCUUCCUUUUCUUCAUAUAGACAAGUGCUACGAUUACUUUGGAAAUGUCGUUUUUUCUUAUGAGCAAUUGAGAAAUGAAGCUUUGGAACUGAAAAUUGGUACCGAGAAAAAAGAUGGUGAAAGACGUAUAACACAGUACAUCAAAAACAGGACUAUCAACUCCCUUAUAGAAACAAUCCAGUCCCACCAGUUCAUCAUCACGUCAGAAGUAAAAUCAUCAAAAGCAAUCACUGUAAACACCACAACUCCUUUAGCAAAGAAAUUGGAUUUGAUUAUAAUGUUCGAUGGCGCAAAUCAUUACUCCCUCAACUCACUCUCACACGAGACUUUUGACUUCAUGGAAGGAAUUUAUAUGGAGAUCUUUCAACAGGCCAUCAAACUUGAUUUGUACCUUUCACCUUCACUCAUCCAACUCAACUCAAUUUUAACAAACACACCAAACAGCCAACAACAAAACAACACGCAAUUGCAAACACAAGUCCAGCCAGAACUUUUACAACAACAGAAUUAUUCCUUUAAUCUCCCGUUCUAA